AUAUGCGUCGUAACGCGAAACGUUUGGCGCGAAUGGUGAGCCUACGAGCGAGCACAUUUUACUCCUUCAAGUUAGUUUUUAUUACUUUUGGCGGCAGUCUUGAAGAUGUGAAGUUGCCGAAGGGCGACGAGUGCUAUGUUCCCGAAUGCCGCAGAAGGUUAUUGUCUUCUGUCAGCAUCAUAGGACUUCAGCCCAAGCGUGUAAUGAAAUGUGCAAUCGUUUGAAUUUCGCUCAUACCAGUGUCGUGCACGAGAUAAUGCGCAGUUAGAUGUCACUGGUUUUAACCAACAUUCGAACUCACCAACAGUACAGUGGCAGUCUGUUACGCGAAGAAAAUCCAGGAGCAGCUGAUCAGUCGCGCGAUGUAUAUCUCGUUUUUCUGACGAGAUCCGUGCAAUGUUAUUUGGUACUAACCACAGGUGCAGCCCUCAAGCGCAGUCAGUGUGCGACUGGAGGCGGCGUAGGAGACAAGCCCCUGAACGACAUGGAGGAAAGGGUCGUGGGACUUCUGAAUGUGGAGGCCAUGAUUGGCAUCCCAGGCGCGUUCGACAUUGGUGUUCCUGUAGAGGUACCUAAUGGCGAGCCCUUCAGCCUGCCGCUUUCCGAUACUACUGCAGAACCAAGCAGGCCUAGUUCAGUGAGGCCACGACAUACAAGCCAGGCUGAUAAUAUUCCGGAACGCCCGCAGGGUGAUGCAGAUGUCCACGGUGCAAGCGGAGGUGGGCUCCAGGAGAGCGAGGCCCUGCCGUACACUUCAGGUAGCCGCAGGUCUAACCACAAACGUAGCAGGGACGCCCCUAGCCACGAGAUAAUCGAGACCCAGGAGGCUAUUGUGGAACGCCUCGACAGGAUUGUGGUCCUGCAGGAGCAGAUGGUGGCACUGAAGGCAUACAAACUGAAUGUUCGGUUUGAAAAUGGCAAAAUUGUCCCCAGGUAUUAA